GCAAAUUCAGUUAAGAAAUUAUUUACGAAAGAACUAAGUCGAUUUGAGAGAACUCGACAAAAAAAAGGAAACAGGGAAAGAGUGCAACGAAAGUUUUUCUAAUUUCCAUUUUUUUUUUCUAAUUUUUUUAUUGCGAAAUGUUGAAACGGUUAAUUGCAUUCACAAAUGAACACAAAAUUUUGCGUGGUAUGGCGUCAUACGCGAUUCUGUGGCCGGUCGGAAAUCUUAUCCAACAAACCGUGGUUGAGAAAAAGAAUUUCAACACAUACGAUUGGAAAAAGUGUCUAAGGUUUUCCAUAUAUGGAGCAUUUAUAAUGGGACCGACAAUGUUUUUGUGGAUGAGAUUUACUGCAACUAUAUGGCCUGGAAGGUCAUUCAAGAGUUCUAUAUCGAAAGCAAUAACGGAACAAUUCACAUACGAUCCAGCUGCGAUAUGCACGUUUCUGUUUCUGAUGACACUGUUCGAAGGAAAAUCAACAGAAGAUGCCAAACAGGAGGUCAAAGACAAAUUUUUCGAUACAUACAAAGUGGGUGCCGUUUAUUGGCCAAUAGCACAGACUAUUAAUUUCAAAUUUGUUUCUGCCAAAAAUCAAGUCGUGUGUACCAGUUUCUUUAGCAUGAUGUGGAGUUCAUUUUUAGCGUAUAUGAAACAUUUAGAAAUUGAAAAAAAGAGUUUGGAGAAAGUGAAAACUGUUGACAAAUAAAAGGUUUCUCUAU